CAAAUGAAUCCACUUGCAAUGUAUCACGACAGCAGCAUCUGUCCGUCCAACAAAAAGCGACCCAUGCUACACACACUACCUACAGAGCUACAGAGGCUGGCUACUCUACACACCUGACGAUAAACGUCUUAACGGCCUAUCUCUCGGCGCAGCUGCAGCGUCUUCGCUCGUCGAUCUCCUCCCGCACGCGCAUGCCCAUCUCGGCGCCCAUACACCGCACAAACAGCUCACGCGUGCCGUCGUACGGCGCACCCUCGUCGCAGAAGACGCCCACCGACACCGACACGCUGUUGGCCGCCUCCUCGCGCAGCACGUGGAAAUACGCGAGGAAGGGGGACGUCGUCUUGUCGGUGAGCAGGAACAGCCGGUAGCUGAGGUUGGGCGACCUGAGCCUCACGCGACAGACGGUGGGGCUGCUGGCGCCGUCUGCAUACACAUACGCCAGCAGCCCUUCUGUCGUGGCUGUCUGCCUCUCUCCCCUCCUGUCUGCAUGCCUGCCUGCCGAUGCAAUCACUACUUGCUGCGCAGCAGGGGAUCCGUCACUCAGGCUGGUUGCUGCACGCCUGAUGGCAAUCUUUGCGGAGUGGGUGGCAGCAGGCGGCUCCCCAGUGCUUCAAGCCUCCUGAUGCACACACACACACACGAGUGGUGUUCAUUCAGCAGGUCUCAAGUCCGUCGCUCACCUGAGGCGGGCCGCCCCACCCCACUCGCGCAGCAGGUUUUCUCUAAACUCCCGCGCUAUCCGCAAGGACAUCAUGCCACACCUCUCGAUGAACGCCCUCCGAUACUCGUCCUUGAUCGUCUGCGCACACGGACGCACGCACACAGGGCCACGUGUGUCUUGUCUUUGUGUAGGCGCAUGAGCUCAUGCGUGUGCGUACGCACCCCGUCUUCGUUGAGUACGGUGUCGAGAAGAUAUGUGCUUCAUCCAGAUCCGGGGUCAAGGGUGCACGGCAGCUCCUCGUCAAUCGACCAAAUGGCCUUCUCCACCCUUGCCAUUGCAGCCCAGUCCUCCUUGCUCGUGGGAUAUCUUCCCUCAGGUGCUCUCUUGCUCCACUCGCAGCCCAUAGCGGCUCUGGCACUCAGCCAUUCGUUGCCGACACUUGAAGGUCCGUCAUCGUCAGAUGAGUCGAUAUCUCCAGCCGGUCAAAGCGGCUGUAGUCGAUGGGUAGGCCUCCCUGAGGGAUGGUGCGAAGCUUAGAGCCAGA